UCUACAACCAGGAAGGAGAGAGAGAGAGAGAGAGAGAGAGGGGGGAAGAGAGAGACAGAGCACAUGGCUGACUGCCUUUGAAAAGACAUUUGUGCUGCCGGCCGGCAAGUUUUGAGGGCGUGUAGGGCAGACGGGGAAGCCUGCGCCUGCGUAGUGCUUUCGUACGAGGUCAGGUGCACACACACAUAGGGAACUAGCGCGCUAAGACUGAGAGAGGGAUGGGGGAGGGAAGGCAGCUACCUCACACGCACACAUGCUAGCUGAUGUAACCAUGAAAAUCCACUAAUCACAAUGGAGAGAGAUAUUUCCCAGGGGACGGCCCAGAGGUAGAAAUCACCCACGCGAGAUUCAUAGAAAAAAAAAACACUUUGCCUGCCAACAUGUCGCUGCUGACACACGUGCUGGCGUGCCUGUUUGGCGUGGGCUCGUGGGUAGCCAUCAACGGGAUGUGGGUCGAACUGCCUCUGAUAGUCCCUGAACUCCCAGAGUACUGGUACCUGCCCUCCUACCUGACGGUCAUCAUCCAGAUGGCCAACAUCGGCCCCUUGUUCGUCACCCUCAUGCACCGCUUCAAGCCCGGGGCCCUGGAUGAGAGGCCCGUCAUCUACGGCAUCGUGGGGCUGGGCGUGGUGGCCACCUUCCUGCUGGCCUUCCUCUGGAAGCGCCGCACGGUUGUGGGUGACACGGAGCACAGCGUGGCGCUGCUGGUGCUCAGCUUCCUGCUGUCGGUGGUGGACUGCACCUCCUCGGUGACCUUCCUGCCCUUCAUGAUGCGGCUGCCGCCCCAGUACCUCACCACGUACUUCGCCGGGGAGGGCCUGAGCGGGCUCAUCCCCGCGCUGGUCGCGCUCAUCCAGGGGGUCGGGAUGGUGCAGUGCCGCAACGCCACCAUAGGGCUCCAGGGCAACGAGACCCAGCUGGGGAACUACAGUGGGGAUUCUGGAGCAGGGGAGCUCCAGGCCCACUACCAGCCGGCCAACUUCUCGGCGCAGACCUUCUUCCUGUUCCUCAGCGCCAUGAUGGUGGUGUGCCUGGCCGCCUUCCUGCUGCUCAACUACCACCCGCACGUGGCCAGGGAGCACAAAAGCCAGCGCUACCUCAGCGGGCCAGGGGUUGGCGGGGAGAAGGGAGAGGUGGGGCUGGGUCUCCAGAGUGCUGCCCCCCCGGAGCAGAAGCCCAUGCUGGAUAACCCGGAGGACCGGGCGGUGGAGCCCCGGAGCAGCUUCGGGAAGGGGACCUACUGCAGGCUCGAGGUGGUGUUCAUCUUCAUGGUGCUGGCUUGGGUGAACGCGCUGACCAAUGCCGUGCUCCCGUCAGUCCAGUCCUAUUCCUGCCUGCCGUACGGCAAUCAGGCAUAUCACCUGGCAGCCACCAUGGCAGCUGUAGCCAACCCAGUGGCCUGCUUCAUCGCCAUGUUUGCUCCCAUCAGGUCUCUGACGCUGAUGGCACUCCUCACGCUGACUGGCACAGGCUUUGGGGCGUAUAUCAUGGCCAUGGCUGCUCUUAGUCCCUGUCCUCUACUGGUCCACAGUCCCACAGGGACAGCUAUGAUUGUCAUUACAUGGAUAUUGUUUGUCCUCACACUCUCCUACGUGAAGGUGAUCAUUGGCAUCAUUCUGCGAGAUGAGGGCCACAGCGCUCUCGUGUGGUGUGGAGCUGUAGUGCAGCUAGGCUCCAUGGUUGGUGCCAUGUCCAUGUUCCCUCUGGUCAGCGUGUAUGGAUUCUUCACCUCAGGAGACCCCUGUAACACCAAGUGCCCCAAAUAAUCACUGAUACGGAUGCACUGAUAUCUCAUUUAAAAAAAAAUAACUGAUUGAGUCCUUUUUGGGAGGUCUGAUAACUGCAUUAAGUCAUUAGGGCUGGCAACCUGCUGUAUUUGUGGUUCUUUGAUAGCACAGACAAUGUAUUACUAUUCCAAAGAAUGUGAUUACAACAGAUGCUUAUCCUCUGAACUAUAACUAAGGUAGAGAUUGAAAAGCUCAGGUGUAGAAAGUCAAAGUCCUUUUCUCCAUUUUCCAGUUGUAUCAAUUUAAAAAAUUUGAGGCAUUUCUUCCUAAACCUGGAUUUUUCACUUCUGCACAUGAUAUUGUAACCACAAGCAGUAGAGUGCUUAUUAAGAUCCAUAAUAGAUCCGAAUGUGUCAGUUACACACAAUGGGUAAUUCCAGGACACUUGGUCAUAUAAGGCUGAAUGGUCAACACAGAUAUUGUUACUAGCUAAAAGCUACAGUGCCUUAAUUUAUGAGUUGUUAUUGUAAGGUUUAAAGCUAUAUAUUUGAACAGUUUACACGACCAUGUUCUAUGGUUUUAUGUGUCUAUUUUGAUAUUUGCUGGUGUUUUUCUAUGUGUUGCCUUUUUUUUUCAAUACAUGUCAAAUUUGAUUCCUUGGUUUCAUUUUCAAGUGGAUUUCUGCUGAUGUUGUGUGUAGAUGACUCCACCACCUGCACCCUCUUUCACCGAACCGAAUACUAACAUUUACAGUAUACUCAUGCAUUCACCUGCCCGCUUUUCACUGUUUCACCGAACUGAAUACUAACAUUUACAGUAUACUCAUGCAUUCACCUGUAUUUCCCUACAGACAAAAUGUGGAACAUAUUCUAUUCCACAAAACUAAAUAUAUGGAUAUUUGUAAGAAGUAGUCAAAUUUGAUUAAGUUCAAUGAUCUUAUGCAGUCUACCACAUUCUCCAGAAGGUGUCAGUAUAGUCCAUAUUAUAAUACUCUAACCGACUGAAUGACAGAAUUUGACAGUUUAAAUGCACCUUUUCCCUUUUAGCCAGAGCUGAAGUUCUUUUUGAAUACUGAAAAUUACCAUUGUCUCUCCUCAGAAAUCUAAUACAUAUGGGAAGCAAAAAAAAAAUGAUAUAUGGAUUGAUAGCUGUAUUUUUUGAAGCAUUUAUAGGACAUCCAACCAAAACUCAAGUACAUGGCCUUAGAAAGAAAAAAAAUGAGCUCCAGAACGUAUUGUGCAAGCUUUAAUGAUUAAUAUGCUAUACAUCCUGAAUAAAACAAUGGGUUUUGGAUCUUAAAA